UUGUCGGAGGUCAGGUGAAAUCACAUGAUGAAAACAAACGAAUAUACCGUGCGGUGUUACCACACUUAUUGCGAUAGUGUGGAAUAAUAUUUCUUAAUGAAUGUAGAUCAUUUCCUUACUUGAUUGAAGAAUAUACCAGAUCAUUAUACAAUAUGAUGAUGCCUGGCUCUGGGGAAGAUACAUUAAGAACCACUGGAGGCCAAAUUGAUAAUAUUGUCUUUGCAUUGAUUGAUGCUACACUUGAUCGAAAUGACAAUGUUACUCAAGCUGUACAGCUAUCUCUAUUCAAUAUUGGGAAACAUCAACCGAAUUUAGUCCUUAGUAGCUGCCAUUCAUAUUUAGGCAGACAUCCUAAGUUGGCUUUAGUUCACAAAAUUAUCAUAUUAGGAAUUAUUGAAAAAAUUUGUAAUGAAGCAUUAGAUUCAGUGAAGAAAAAUGUAGCAGUAGAUCUUAUCAAAUUAGCUGUGGAAGAAAUGGUAAACACAAAGGAAAUAGUGCCUGAGUGGCAGGGUGUUGCAAGUGGAAUAUUGGUAUCUUUGGGCCGAAAAUACCACAAUGAAGUUAUGGAACAACUAUUAAUCAAAUUUCAACCUGGAGUUUUGCCUCAUUUUUUUGUCAUCCAGACUAUGGCAAAUCUUGCAUCUGCAAAUGUGUUUGGUAUGGUACCAUUUUUAAAGGCAGUGCUUGGAACUAUGUUACCAUUAUUGUGCAUGGUAAAACAGGAAAAUAUGAAAUGGAUUUUUGCACAUGCUUUAGCAAAAUUUUGCGAGUCCAUUCUUGAAUAUAUUGCUAAUGCUGAAAAGUCACCUGAUCCAUCAGUAACCAAAGAGGCAUUUAUGAGUGAAAUAAGUAGUGCUUAUGAUGUUCUUUUUAACAAUUGGCUUCCAUCUAGAGAAGCAAAGGUAAGAUCUGAAGUUGUUGUUGCCCUAGGUCAAAUGACACAUCUUCUUAGUCCUGAAAAAUUAGAAGAACUUCUACCAAAGUUUAUUCCAGCUGUUUUAGCAAUUUAUAAAAGGCACCAAGAAUAUCAACAUACUACUCAGGGCCUGUGUAUGGUUUUGGAUGCUGCUGUUUCUAAUCACAGUAUUAUUUUGGAAUCACAAUUAGAGAAUAUUUUGAAUGUUCUUUUCCCUCAGGUUUGUUCUCUGCCUGAUUAUUCACAGCCUGCUGGUGUGAGGAAUCACAAUGAAGUGUUAAGAUGUUUUGCUGUAUUAGCUUCUGUGUAUUCAAAUCGGCUUGUUUCAUUCUUACUUCAACGACUUGAAAGCAGCAGCGAAUCGUAUCGUAUUGGGUCUCUUACUGUGUUAAAACACCUCCUUAAUUCCUGUGAUACUCACAUUGCUAGCAAAGUGCCCCUUAUUAUUUCUGGCAUAAAACCUGUUCUGGAUUCUGGAAAUAAGGUUAAAAAAGUCAUUGUCCAGGUUAUUGUAACAUUAGCUCAUCAUGAUUACUUAAAAUCAGAGGGAGGUUUGGAUAUGGUUUGGUUUAUCAUACAUCAGUGUGCACUACCAGAUGAUCCACCUGGAAAACGAACUGGAGAUCCAAGUUAUGUGAGUAAUGAAGCACUUAGAGGAAUGUGUGAAAAUGUGAUGCAUUUGUUAACAACAACUGUGGAAAAAAUGGAAAAUGUACUAUGGCCAAAUAUUUUAGAUGGUUUACUGGAUGAAAAUUUGACUUCAGCAGUAAGUCCAAUAUGCAAAAGCGUAACCGUUUUGGCAAGCAAAAAAAGAGAAGAUCUAGGAACUGAUUUUGCAAUCGACUAUAAAGUUUUAACUAAUGUUACAUCAUCUCAAUCACUUCUUGCAAGGUUGCUUGUUUUAAUUGGCCAGCCUCAUGAAGGCAGAGAAAGAGGAUUUCAUGUUCUAAAAUUUAUGAAAGUUGUUGCACCAGCUAUCAACAAAAACCUCAAAGCAUUAUGGGAUACAAAAAUUCCUAAUUUACUCCAGUUAUUGGAAGGGAGUGAUUCUUUGGACUGGGAGCAGAAAAUAUGGGAAAAAAAUGUCACAGAAUUUGUUAUGGAUACUCUUGAAGAAAUUGAUCGUGAAGAAUGGACAUUAAAAUUUGGAAAAUCAUUGGUUGCACAAUUUCCAUUGUAUAUAAAUGCUUCUGAAGAUAAGUACAUUCUGCUGAAAAUUCUUGGAUUGGUCAUGAAAAAAGUGAGCAACAAGAAUUUUGUGAAUGAAGCAUUAGAUGCAAUUUUUCAGAAUGUUAAUCAUUCUGUUGUCACAGAAAGAGUGGCAUGUGCUGUAGCUGUUGGAUAUUGUGCAUCUACACAUUUAGAUAUAGUUUUGGUGAAAUUAGAGAAGGUGGCUAAAGAUGACAAAAAGAAUUCCGGAAUAUUUGGCUUCAUUAAGGAGUUUACUGGAGAUCCUGAUCAUGAAAAACUGAAAGCUACUAUUAUACUAUGUUACGGGUAUGUGACAAUGAAUGCACCAACUUCGAUUCUGUCCACAAGAAUUGAAACACCAAUUUUAAGAAGUGUAGCAAACUUUUAUCAGUCUUCAAAGGAGCUAAUUGUGAAACAAAGUAUGUUGGAAACUGUCAAAUUAAUUGCAGAUGCUGUUCAUCCUGAUCAUCUCAGAGAGCAGCUCGAAUUUCGAUCUAGAAUGGAACUUCUGAACCUUACAAAGGGCAUUUUGAAAUCUGAAACUUCUGCACCAUUAACUAGUAAUAUUAGGUCAUUGGCUUUGAAUGCAGCUGCUAGUCUUGUUGCUCUGGAUCCUGCUUUAAAAGAUGAAGAGAAGAGGAGUAUUGUAUUAGUUGCAGUUGGUUCUGUUUACUCUUUACCACGUGAUUAUUUAUUAGAGAAGCCAAAAGAAGAAGGUAUUGAUCCAUCACUGGAUUUUGAUCAGCUUUUGAUUUCUACAGUUGAUGCUUUGAACUUUUUUUUGCAAAAGUUAUUACUGAAAGAAAAGAACUUUAACAAUUUAGAACAUAUCCUCCUGAUCCUUCAUUCAUAUAUGAUUUCAAAAAAUGCUGUGGAGAGGGAGAGAUGUUUGCAUUCAACUUUGCAUCUUCUUCGAUCAUAUGCUGAAGCUUCUGGAAGUGAUGCAUAUGCUCCAUUUAACACACUUGGAACUAUUCUUGGAAUUCUCAUUCCGAGAUGCACAGAUCCACAAAUAACAGUUCGGCAUCUUGCCUUUGACUCCAUUGAUGUUGCUGUCGCCAUUGCAAUGAGAGUUCAGGUUUCUGCUCUGUCUUUUAACGAAACACCAAACAUUUCUUUGACGCAUUUGAAGCAGCAGAUUAUUAAUGAUGAUCCAUCAUCUUUGUUUGCUGUUACUAAAAGCUUAGGAAAGUUCAUAUCUGAAAAGCUACCACUAGAGCAAUUAUAUCCCUUCCUCAGGUCAUUAGUAGAUGGUCUCUGUGAUCCACAUUCUCAAAGUUCGUCUGGUGCUUCUGUUGUUUUGAAUACAGUUAUAAAGGGCAGGGGCCGAGAGAUUAGACAAGAGACACUGAAUCUCUUAGAUGCAGUGAGAGAUAAAUUAGGCAACAUUCAGUGUCCUCACACUAGAAAAGGUGCAUUACGUACCUUUCAGAACUUAGCAAAUCAUCAUUUAUCAGCUGUCCUAGCCUCAUUACUUAGCUCACCUGUUCCUUUAGAUAUGCAUACAAUUGAUAUUUGGAGAACUUUAUGCUUAGAUAAAAAUACUGCUAGUCAUAUUAUUGAACACUUUUUGGAGAUAUUUUCUGAUAAUGUACUGUCUUCUCCACCUGAUCCUCAUGGACGCAGCAUUGCAUAUAUUGCAGCUCACAAGCCAUUAGCUGCUGUUUGUGCCUUACGUGAAAUGUUCAAAGUACCUGAGAUGGAAAGUUGUGGCAAAGAACAUUUUGAUAGAAUAUUUUCAUCUUUAUUACUUGUUAUUGGAGCUUAUGUAGGAGCUGUUUUUCCUGUAUAUUCCUCUGAAAGUGCAAAAAGCUCUGUAUCCACAUUAUCUAAAAAAAAUGAUUCGCAGUCUUCCUGUUCUUCUCCAGUGAGAAUUGCCAUUGAUGCUAUGAAAAACUUCCUCUUGUGUGUUAAAGAAGAAGUUGUAGUUAGCUGUAUGACUGAAAGUGGCUAUUGGAUAAUGAUGGAAGAAUCUGACAAGUAUCCGGAAGCUGUUGCUGCAUUAGGAAGGUCCAUAUGUGCAUGCUGUCCAGAUCAAGUUCCAAAAAUUAUAACUUUCUUAAACCCUUUGUUGAAUAGUUCUGUAAAUGUGCAUCGCAUCAUUUCAGUAUCAUUGUUUGUAGAAUUUCUAUCACAAAAUUACAAAGGCAGACAGAAUUUGACAGAACCACUAAUGAAUAAUCUUUUGGGUCGCUUGGUUGAUUCAUCGCCAACUGUGCGUCGUUUUUGUAUCUCAGGCUUGGGAAAUAUAUCCAUGCUAGAUAAGGAACAGAUAGAAAGAUAUUCUACCACUAUCCUCUCUGCUAUGAUGGCAGGUAUGGAUGAUAGAGAAGAUCCUGGCUGCAGUAUUACUUUGGAAGCAAUGAGUGGAUUGUCUUCAAUUUUAUCUCAAGUAGCAGAGGAAGAUGUGAGGAAUAUACUUAUUAAUAUUGCUCUGCGGAUAAAACCAAUGUUUGAAAAGGAAAAGCCUUUAAUACGUGCUGCAGCAUUUACCUUAUUUGGAAACUUGUCACGAUUUGGAAAUGGUCCAUCGAAAGAACAAUUCAUGGAACAAGUUCAUGGAAAUUUAAUUCCACUUCUUCUUCAUCUUAAUGACGAAGAUAAGCAUGUAGUUAAGGCUUGCAAAUACAGUUUAAGGCUGCUGGGACCACUUUUAAAGUCUGAAAGUAUGAAUAAUAUGUUUCAGAAACAUUUGCUCGAUGAUGCGCACUUACAUUAUGGUGAAUUCAUAAAUGACCUUACAAAGACUGUGAUAGCAGAUUUUCCAGAAAAAGUAGGAUUUUAUGCAACAUCAUGCAUGUCCUAUUUAAAGAGUCAGUUUCUAUCAAUACAGUGUAAUGCAAUUUCAUUUCUGGGUUACUUGCUUGGAAACCUUCCUGUUGAAAAACAAAAUUUAAUACCAAAGGAAAGAGUGUGUUCAGCCUUGCUUAUUUUAUUAAAAGACCAGUCAUCUGAUGUAAGAAUAAGAGCAGCUGAAGCAUUAAGUUUGCUAUAUGAGUACUGAAUUUUACAUCUACGAUAUUGAACUAUUCAAUGCCUCAAGUAGAAUACUAGUAAGUGAAAAUAGAUCUGCUUGAUAUUUUUUUCAAUGAAAGGUUUCAUAUUUCGAUAAAUUUUGGCCAAGAAAUAAUAAAUUUUAUAUUUAUUUGCAUCCUGUUCUUUUUUCAUAACAUUAAUUAUAACAGUUAUACAGAAUUCAUGCCACAUAGUUUGAAAUAUACCUCACAUAAAAAAGUGUAUACUUAAAUCCAUCUAAAAAUUAAAUUCUUGAAUUCAGGUACUUUAUUUGCAUGUGUUAUGAUUUAUAUAAAUAAUUCUAAUCUUGUUCUAUUGAAAAUGUGGAUUUCUUGUAGUGAUUAAAGCUUAACAUUUUAUAAUUAAAAUCUAAUCUAAAGCUGUAAAAUAAUUCGUUAAGAAAAAGGUAUGCAUCAGAUAUUAUAUACUUCUAGCUGAAUUAACUUUUUUUAUCAGCUUAUGUGUAAAUGAAAACAGAUGCAAAAUGUUAAGAUUUAUAUUAUUAUUAUUCUUAAACUAUAAAGUAAAGUGUUGUCAUAUUACAUGUGUAAAACUAUUUAAACUAUAUACAGUAUAGAAGUGUAUACAAAAUUAUUUUUUUAAUAAAAAGUUUGUGAGCAUUUCUAUAGAAAACAGCACAGCAGUUAUUUGGAUAUGUAGAAGAGUUAUAAAUUAUAGACAAUACUGAAGUGUUAUAUUUGAAGCUGAAAUUAUAAAGUAAUGUGUUUAUAUAAUUUGUAGCAAUCAAAUAUGAAUUAUUUUUAAUUUCUGAUUUAUAAUUUUAAUGCAUGAUUGAAUAUGUAAAUUAAAAAAUAGCUUUAUUACAUGCUUAUGUGCCAUGAUCUUUGCAAGAUAACUUGAAACAAAAAAAUGUUUUGUAUAUUUUCUUUUAUUUGCUAUAUUUGUGAUACUUUGUUUCGAAAUAUUGCUAGAUGUAUAGUUCUUAUAUUUUUCUACACCAUUUUUACAGAUUAGUGUCUUAGGUCUGAUUUUUGUUUCUAAUCUGAAAAGUUUGAUUAAAUGUAAAACUGUGAAAUAAACUGUAUAUUUCAGUUUGUCUAUUGAUUGUAAAUAAAUAUUUUUUGGGGGAUACAUUUUGUUUUUGCUGUAAUAUAUUUGAUGGGGAGUUUCAUUUGAACUUCUCAUUUUCAUUUCUUUAAACACUUAGAACUUUUUAUUUCCAUUAAAACAAUUAUGCUAAAAUGAAUAUUUAUACUCAUGGUAAAAUUAAAUUUUUAAUGUGCACAUGCAGAGUGUAACAAUUUAAUUCCCAGAAUUGCCAAUUAAUGUAGCCCAUUGCAUAAUUAUAUCGAAAUCGUGAGUAUUUGUGUUUAAACAUGUCUCAAUGUAUGAGUAAAUUUUAAGAUAGGUGUUAGUUAUGAUAAUUGAGAAAUAAAAUAUUUCUGAAUGAUAA